AUGGCUCAUGGUUCUACAAACCCAAAUGAUCUCAAAGUUAUGAAUGAUUUCAGAAAAGGGUUGGAGAAUCCAGAGCUUCUGAAAUGGCCUGAGAAUGGAGAUGAUCCCUGUGGCCCUCCUUCAUGGCCUUAUGUGUCCUGCUCUGGAGAUAGAGUCAAUCAGAUUCAGGCUAAGAAUCUGGGUCUUAAAGGAUCAUUACCUCAAAAUUUCAACCAACUCUCAGAACUCUACAAUUUGGGUCUUCAACGCAACAAUCUUAGUGGGAUGUUACCUACUUUUAGUGGAUUAUCCAAAUUGGAAUUUGCUUUCUUGGAUUACAAUGCAUUUGAUGCAAUCCCAUCUGAUUUCUUUGAUGGACUCAGCAGCAUUCGUGUCCUGUCUUUGGAAGAAAAUCCACUGAAUGCUAGUAAUGGGUGGUCAUUUCCUGUGGAUUUGGAAAAAUCAGUGCAAUUAACUAAUCUUUCUCUGGUACAUUGUAAUUUAGUUGGACCAUUGCCAGAUUUUCUAGGCACAUUGCCAUCCCUCACAAGUCUGAGGCUUUCAGGCAACAGAUUGUCUGGUUCCAUUCCAGCUACUUUUACUCAAUCUUCAAUCCAGGUUUUGUGGUUGAAUGAUCAAGAGGGUGGUGGGUUGUCAGGCCCUAUUGAUGUUAUUGCCUCAAUGACUUUCCUAAGACAGCUUUGGUUGCAUGGAAACCAGUUCACUGGGACAAUUCCACAGAAUAUAGGAAAUCUUACUUCCUUGCAGGAACUCAACCUCAACAGUAAUCAACUUGUUGGCUUGAUUCCAGAGUCCCUAGCAGAUAUGGACCUUGAGAUACUGGUGUUAAAUAAUAACAAGCUAAUGGGUCCUAUACCAGAGUUUGCGGCUGCCAAUUUUUCUUAUGAGUACAAUUUCUUUUGUCAACCUGAGCCUGGGCUUGAAUGUGCCCCUCAAGUUACUGCACUGCUGGAUUUUCUGGAUAAUCUGAAUUACCCAUCAUUUCUCAUUUCUGAUUGGUCAGGUAAUAAACCAUGCACAGCCAGCCCAGGGCCUUGGUUUGGAUUGAACUGCAAUUCCAACUCGGAGGUAACUAUAAUCAAUCUACCUAAGCACAAGCUCAAUGGUACUCUAAGUCCUUCACUUGUCAAGUUAGAUUCACUCCUUGAAAUUAGACUUGCAGGAAAUAAUAUAGCUGGUACAGUUCCUAGUGAUUUUACUAAAUUGAAAUCUUUGAGGUUGUUGGAUUUAAGUGAUAACAAUCUUGAGCCUCCAUUGCCAAAAUUUCAUGAUGAUGUGAAGGUUAUUAUGGCGGGUAACCCUCUUCUUCCUAAUCAAGCUGGAAGUCCUCCCAUACCUAUUAGCAGCCCACCACAUGCAAAUUCACCACCUUCACCACUCAACCCAUCAAGUCCUCCUUCCUCUCAUAAGCCUCAUAUUCCAAGUCAGAGUUCAAGCUCAAAUCAAUCCAAACCAAAUGGUUUCAAAAGAUUCAAAACAGUAGCAAUAGUGGCUGGAGUUGCAGUCUUUGCAUUUGUAGUUCUUUUGGUUGUUUAUUUCUUUGUGUGCUGCUGGAAGAACAAAAAACCCUCCUUAGAUGCUCCAAGUUCCAUUGUGGUUCACCCUCGAGAUCCAUCUGAUCCAGAUAAUGUGGUCAAAAUUGCAGUUUCAAGCAACACCACUGGAAGCUUAUCAGCAAAGACUGGGACAAGUUCUCUGAGUAACAUUAGUGGUGAAACUUCAAACUCUCACCUAUUUGAUGCUGGCAACCUUGUCAUCUCUGUACAAGUACUACGCAAGGUUACCAAGGAUUUUGCUUCAGAAAAUGAGCUAGGCCGUGGUGGGUUUGGAACUGUUUACAAGGGAGAACUAGAAGAUGGGACAAAAAUAGCAGUGAAGAGAAUGGAGCAUGGUGCUAUUUACAGUAAGGCGCUGGAGGAGUUUGAAGCUGAAAUAGCUGUUCUUUCCAAGGUCCGUCACCGACAUCUGGUAUCCCUCUUGGGGUAUUCAAUUGAAGGCAAUGAAAGACUUUUGGUUUAUGAGUAUAUGCCUCUUGGUGCUCUAAGCCAACAUCUUUUUCAUUGGAAAAGCUUGAACUUGGAGCCUUUGUCUUGGUCAAAGAGGCUCGCAAUAGCACUAGAUGUUGCUAGAGGGAUAGAAUACCUUCAUGGUCUUGCCCGCCAGACCUUUAUCCAUCGAGAUCUCAAGUCUUCUAAUAUUCUACUAGGUGAUGAUUUUCGGGCAAAAGUUUCGGAUUUUGGUUUGGUGAAGCUUGCCCCGGAUGGUGAGAAAUCUGUAGUAACCAAGCUUGCUGGGACAUUUGGAUACCUUGCCCCUGAAUAUGCAGGUAUUGCCUUGCUUUAA